CGCCGCCAUGUUGUCCUCGGCUUCCGGCGCGCGGAAGUGACGUCAGCGGAAGGCGACGCGCCGAGCCCGGAGUAGCCGACGGCCAUGGCGCCCACCAUCCAAACGCAAGCGCAGCGCGAUGAGCCGGGGCACCGGCCGAGUUCGCACCGGACCCUCCCGGAGAGGUCCGGGGUCGUUUGCCGGGUCAAGUUCUGCAACAGCCUCCCGGACAUCCCCUUCGACCCCAAGUUCAUCACGUACCCCUUCGACCAGAGCAGGUUUGUGCAGUACAAGGCGACGUCGCUGGAGAAGCAGCACAAGCACGAUCUGCUGACGGAGCCGGACCUGGGCGUCACCAUCGACCUCAUCAACCCCGACACGUACCGCAUCGACCCCGGGGUGCUCCUGGACCCUGCGGAUGAGAAGCUGCUGGAGGAGGAGAUCCAGGCCCCCACCAGCUCCAAGAGGUCGCAGCAGCACGCCAAGGUGGUGCCGUGGAUGCGCAAGACCGAGUACAUCUCCACCGAGUUCAACCGCUACGGCGUGAGCAACGAGAAACCCGAGGUCAAGAUCGGGGUGUCGGUGAAGCAGCAGUUCACAGAGGAGGAGAUCUACAAGGACAGGGACAGUCAGAUCGCCGCCAUCGAGAAAACCUUCGAGGACGCCCAGAAAGCGAUCACGCAGCACUACAGCAAACCCCGCGUCACCCCCCUGGAGGUGAUGCCCGUGUUCCCCGACUUCAAGAUGUGGAUCAACCCCUGUGCCCAAGUGAUUUUCGACUCGGACCCGGCGCCCAAGGACACCUCGGGGGCGGCGGCGCUGGAGAUGAUGUCCCAGGCCAUGAUCAGCUACGACUACAAGAUCGCCCGGGAGUACAACUGGAACGUGAAGAACAAGGCCAGCAAGGGCUACGAGGAGAAUUAUUUCUUCAUCUUCCGCGAGGGCGACGGCGUCUACUACAACGAGCUGGAGACCAGGGUCCGGCUGAGCAAGCGCCGGGCGCGUGCCGGGGUCCAGUCGGGCACCAACGCCGUGCUGGUGGUCAAACACCGCGACAUGAACGAGAAGGAGCUCGAGGCCCAGGAGGCGCGGCGGGCGCAGCUGGAGAACCACGAGCCCGAGGAGGAGGAGGAGGAGGAGAUGGAGGCUGAGAAGGAAAUGCCAGGAUCAGACGAGGAGCGGGAGAAGGGCAGCGAGAGCGAGGAGGAUGAGGCCGAAGGCUCCGGCUCGGGCUCGGAGCGGGGCGGGGGCUCUGCCCGCAGCGAGGACGAGGAGGAGGAGGAGGAGGAG